UCCCUGUUUCUCUCUAAAGACAAAUUCAAACAAAGUCUUGGAGUUUUUCUCAACUGAACAGCAGAAUCUGUGUCCAUCAGCGGUUGUAGAAAUGUCUGCUGCCAGCUGUCUGCUGACUGAAGAUCAGUUCCUGUGCUCCAUCUGUCUGGAUGUGUUCACUGAUCCUGUCAGCACACCAUGUGGACACAACUUCUGUAAAAGCUGCAUCAUUAAUCACUGGGAUGUUAAAGUCCCACAUGAUUGUCCAAACUGUAACGAGGUUUUUAAAACAAGACCUGAGCUGAAGGUCAACACCUUCAUCUCUGAGAUGGCUGCUCAGUUCAGACAGGAAGCCAGCAGCCGCAGACCAGAACGAGUUUCCAAACCAGCAGAAGUUCCCUGUGACGUCUGCACUGGAACCAAACUGAAGGCCCUGAAAGAAGGAUAUGAAGGAAAGAAGGCCGAGCUGGGGAAGACAGAGGCUGAAAUUCAGCAGAUGAUCCAGAAGAGACGACUGAAGCUUGAAGAGUUCAAACAGUCAGUGGAGCUCAGCAAGAAGAAUGCAGACAGAGAGAUGGCAGAAGGUGUUCAGGUCUUCAGCGCUCUGAUGGAGACUGUUGAGAGACGCCUAAAUAAUCUGACGGACACGAUCAAAGAGAAGCAGAGAGAGACGGAGGAACAGGCUGAAGGCUUCAUCAAAGAGCUGCAACAGGAAAUCUCUGAGCUGGAGAAGAGAAGCUCUGAAGUGAAGAAGCUCUCACGCUCUGAAGACCACCUCCACCUCCUCCAAAACAUCACGGCCCUGAACGCUGCUCCACCCACCAAGAACUGGACUGGAGUCAGAGUCCAUCCACCUUCAUAUGAGGGGACUGUGGUGAGAGCUGUGAAGCAGCUGGAGGAGACGCUCAGUGAACAGAUGAAGAAGCUGUUUGAGGCCGAGCUGAAGAGAGUCCAGCAGUAUGAGGUGGAUCUGACUCUUGAUCCUGAUACAGCACACCCUAAUCUCAUCCUGUCUGAUGAUGGAAAACAAGUUCAUUGUGGUGAUGUGAGGAAGAAUCUCCCAGACAAUCCAGAGAGAUUUGGUAAAUAUGCUAUGGUCUUAUCAAAGCAGAGUUUCUCUUCAGGCAGAUUUUACUUUGAGGUUCAGGUUGAAGGGAAGACUAAGUGGGAUUUAGGAGUGGCCAGAGAGUCGAUCAACAGGAAGGGACAAAUCACACUGAAUCCUGAGGAUGGUUUCUGGACGAUAUGUUUGAGGAAUGAAAAUGAGUACACAGCUCUUGAUGACCUUUCAGUCGAUCUCUCUCUGCAGUCUGAUCCUGAGAAGGUGGGGGUGUUUGUGGACUAUGAGGAGGGUCUGGUCUCCUUUUAUGACGUUGAUGCUGCAGCUCUGAUCUACUCCUUCACUGGCUGCUCCUUCACUGAGAAACUCUACCCAUACUUUAGUCCCUGUCCUAAUGAUGGAGGUAAAAACUCUGCUCCUCUGAUCAUCUCUCCUGUCAACCAAACUGAGGAGAGCAACCACUGAGUUUCAGAGAAAGGUUGAUGUCAAAGAGAACACCUGAAGAGGUGUCCAUCAUCACAAAUGUCUUUAAGGCCUUUAAGGUGUCCUUUAGUUCCUGAAUAUGACCCUUGAUGUGUUUCAUCCUGCUGACAGCAUGCUCACUCCUUGAAGACAAACAUUUCUUUCAUGAGAUUAAAAUUAGAAUCUGAGUUUUAUAACUGUUAGAGUCAAAUUGUGAGCGUCUGCAGAGAGUUGGUGUUAACAGCAGCGUGCUGUUUACUGUAGAGGAGGUGACAUGCACAAGAUUUCAGGUGACCAUGACCACAGUUACACCUCUUCUUGACAUAUAAAGGAUUGUUUUUGUAAAUAGAAUCUGUAAAUAUGACUUUGAAGUCACUUUUAAUCAGGGAUUAUCAAUAAUAAUCAGAAUAAAUCAGAGAUUUGAAAAGUCUCUUUAAUUGUUCUUUUUGAUUUUUAGCACAAUUCAAUGCAGUGUCAAAAAUCCACAUUUUCCUCUGUGUAACUUUUCCUAAAUGUCCGUGUGUCAGAUGGAUCUUUUGAUGAGAAGUGUUGAAUUCUGGGACAUAUUACUGAUGAACAGUGUGUCUGAAAAAAGUCAUUUUGUUUUCUUGAUUUCUGUGAAUUUCUGUUGCGUCUGAUCAGGUUCUUUGUUCUUCUUUCAUUGAGCAAAGACAACAAACGAGCUCCUGUGAGAACCUUUCUGUUUGUGUGGGUUUGGCGCCCCCUGCUGUGUUUUCUUCAACAACAAAAUCUCAUUCUGCUUUCAUGUAAUAGUCACAAUUAAUAGUGGAGUCUAUCACUCAUCAAGAAUCUUUGCCGUGGAAAAUUACAAAUAAAUCAAUAAAAGACAUUUUCAGCA